GUCACUGAGCCGAACUGAGCUGAGCCUGUCUUCCAACUAGCCGGCUUAUUACGCCAUCAUUUUCGGAAACCUGAAAUCCAUCUUGCUCCAUCACCUGUACCAGCACUACGUUUUUGAAGAGUCCUCAAAUGUGCUCCAGUAACGUUAAAGCCUUGUUUUCCAAAGGAUUAAAAUAUUUUUUCUACUGAAUUUACUGCUGCACACAUAUUUUAGGGGGGGUGGGGUGGAGACUCCCUGGAUCUGUCAUCUUACCUUCAGGAUUUGCACCUGGUCACCUGAAAUCUUUUGUAGCGAUGAGCUACGCUGACCGAGCCCCACAUCCUGACCUGUUGGGGAAUCACAACCUAAAAGACAGCCCUGAAGUUGAAUUAGAUUUCAAUAUCGUAUUUGACUAUGAUUAUCCCAACUCUGUGGAAGAAGAACCGACUCCUCAUAAAAUCAUCAGCCCACCUUCUGGAGUUGCGUAUUCACAUGAUGAUGUCUCCGAAUAUGGUCUCAAGCCAUACAGUCCUCUGGCUUAUCGUAGGUCUUCCACAGAUCCCAUGGGCAGAUAUGAACAGAACAAUAGUGUAGGGUCAAAAUAUCACUUAGACCCUCAAAAGGCUGCUGGGGCUCCAGCUUUGAGUCCAAGGAUUGAGAUUACUCCAUCUCAUGAACUGAGUCAUUCAGGUGGUUUAUACCGCAGCAGAGAUUCAGAUACUUUGGUAGAACAUCAGCCAAACUUGGCUGCUACCAGUCCAAGGUUUUCCUUGCAAGUCUAUGGUUAUGAUGGCUACAGAGAACCGCUUUGCUUGAGCCCUGCUAGUAGUGGGUCAUCAACAAGUUAUGUUUCAGAGACUAAUUUCUCUCCUUACACAUCACCUUGCGUUUCACCAAAUAAUGGUCCUAAUGAUGACCUGUGUCCACAGUUUCAAAACAUCCAUACUCAUUAUUCUCCUAGAGCUUCUCCAAUAAUGUCACCACGAGCAAGCAUCACAGAGGACACCUGCAUGGGACAACGUUCUCCAUCUCCUCGGCCCAACUCACGGUCCUCAUCCCCAGGCUCAAAAAGAAGUUAUCCUUGUUCUGAUCUCUACAAUAGCCAUCAAACCAGUGUUUCUCCACGACAAUCAAGAACCCCUUCUCCCCAGCAAUCACCUCGUGUUCCUCUGCGGGAAGAUAACCAGUCUGUGAGUUACAAUCAACACUCUACAUCUACACAUCUUAUGGAUGACCUGAACCUUGGUAACGAUCAUUCAUGUGGUAUACCUACAAAAAUGUGGAGAAACAAUGAAGAUCUUUCUGACUCUCAGCCUUCACUUAAGAGCAUGCAGUGCCAUGUUUAUCAGCCUCCAGAGUAUCUUGGGCCUUACGAGCAUGAGCAGAGGAAGAAUUCAGAUGCAGGGUCUGUCCUACUGAUGCCUCCUACUUGGCCAAAGCAGUUGGUGCCUGCAAUGCCCUACUACAGCAUCCCUGUUGCAUCACUUCCCCCUCUCGAAUGGCCACUGACAAGUCAGGUUGGGUCCUAUGAACUCCAGAUCGAGGUGCAGCCAAAACCUCACCAUCGUGCCCACUAUGAGACUGAAGGGAGCCGCGGAGCAGUGAAAGCCACUACUGGGGGACAUCCUGUGAUCCAGCUUCAUGGCUACAUGGAGAACAAGCCCUUGGGGCUUCAGAUCUUUAUUGGGACAGCAGAUGAACGGAUUCUCAAACCACAUGCAUUCUACCAGGUCCACCGCAUUACAGGAAAAACUGUUACCACCACCAGCUAUGAGAAGAUCAUCGGAAACACAAAAGUCCUUGAGAUUCCAUUGGAGCCCAAGAGCAAUAUGAGAGCAACAGAUGCAAGGGACAGCGCGGAAUCCAUUCUAACUCCUGGAAAGAUCAGGAAGUAUAGUAUCGAUUGUGCUGGUAUUCUGAAGUUAAAAAAUGCAGACAUCGAGCUGAGAAAAGGAGAGACCGACAUUGGGAGAAAGAACACCAGAGUGCGCCUUGUCUUCCGAGUGCACAUCCCGGAGGCCAGUGGGAGAAUUGUCUCUCUACAGGUUGCAUCUAGUCCCAUAGAAUGCUCUCAAAGGUCUGCUCAUGAGCUCCCUCUGGUGGAGAGGCAGGACAUUGACAGCUGUCUUGUAUACGGUGGACAGCAAAUGAUUCUGACAGGGCAGAACUUCACAGCAGAGUCCAAAGUUGUUUUCACAGAGAAGACGUCUGAUGGGCAGCAGAUUUGGGAAAUGGAAGCCACAGUAGAUAAAGACAAAAGUCAGUCUAGCAUGCUGUUUGUGGAGGUGCCGGAAUAUCGCAACAAGCACAUCAGCUCCCCAGUGAAAGUGAAUUUCAAUGUCAUAAAUGGAAAAAGGAAAAAGAGCCAGGCCCAGCACUUCACUUACAUCCCAGUGCCAUCUAUUAAAACAGAACCUCUUGAUGAAUAUCAUUCCAUAGUUGGGAGCAGCGCACAUACUGGGCUUGGAACAGUGCCACAGAGCUACUACUCCCAGCAUCUACUGGGCAGCGAUUCUCCCUCCUGCUUGGUGACCAACCUGGUCUCAUGUCAGUCUCAAAUUCGAGCUGGUCUUCAGUCACCAGAUUCCCGAUAUUCGCAGCAGAAUCCUUCUGUCUACCAAAGGAGCAAAAGUCUCAGCCCCAGUCAACUAGGCUAUCGGCAGCCUGCCUUGGUGGCUCCACAGAUUGCUAUUCCAGAUGCUCACAGAUCUGUUCUUGUCCACACUGGCUCUCCCAUCCAGUCUAAUGCCAACCCACAGCCAUCUCCAGUCAUUCAGUAUUCUCCCACCAAUCACCAGAUGAGGUGUGGAAGCCACCAGGAGUUCCAGCAUAUAAUGUGCUCUGACUUCUCUCCAAAUCUUACACGACCCAGCCAGGCACAGAGAAUGAGUCCCAGUCCGUAUCCCACUGUAAUCCAGCAGCAGUCCAACAGCCAGCGGCCUCCAAAAAAUGGCCACCUGGUCACAGAGCAGAAAGAAAUCUCACCCACAGGCAUCACCGUUAAGCAGGAACAGAACCUAGAUCAGGCCUACCUGGAUGAUGAACUGAUAGAUACAAACCUUAGCUGGAUACAAAACAUUAUAUGAGGCCGAAGGCCAGUGGUCUCUGAGGCAAGAAUUGAAAGUAAAAGUUAAUGAAAUUAUCAGAAAGGAGUUUUCUGGCCUACCUGCUAGAAAUCAGACAUAGAAGUGCGAUCCUGCCAGACACCUUGUGCUGACUGCUUCCUCCUUGGAGAUCCUUCCCGUUCAUACACAUCACCUUCUGUUUCCUUUGCACAGUGCAAGCUACCGAUUCCAGUACCACAAACAAUACGCUGGCACCCAGCUCCUCUACGCGCAGCGCUUCUAUAAACAUCAAAGCCGUAAGACUUAUUGUCCUGUCAUUAUAAAUGUAUCUCGGAACCAAGCUCUUUCACAAUUGUACAGCAGCGCCGACAAGGGAAAUCUAUAGAAUUGUCAUAAAUCAGCACACAUCCUUUGUUCUCAUCCUCAGAUGUACUGGACUGGCCUUCAUGUUUUUCAGUUGGGCACUUCAGAUGAGAAGUGUUAGGAAAUGGAGAGUCAUGAGACGGAUACCGGUUAUCAAGUGUCCGUGACUUUAGUAAUGUCAUUGAAGGAACAGAUUUGAAGACAAUCAGAAAAAAGAAGAACACAGAAAAAGACUAUAAUGCACAGCAUUACACAAUCAUCAGUUUAUUGGUGGGUCUAAUUUCAUCUGAAAUCCAUCUUGUCUGGGUGUGUGCACAGCAGGUCCCAGGCUUAUUCUUGUAGAGAGAGGAUAUGGCAAUGGUACAUACAGACAUACAGUCGGCGCUAUGUGUACCUACAGCUGGAGAGUCACAGUACGCCCAGCUCUGAGUCAGAUUAAUUGCCCCGCAAAGGCAAAAACCACCUAUUCCACUCACUUAGUAAUAUGCUUGUCUGUAUGGGCUCAAGGAACCAGCUCCACCCUCUCCUGAUUCAUGGCUCGUUUUCACUGAAUAUCCUGAGAACAUGGCAGCUUCUGCCUUACAUUCCCAUAUCCCAUUCCAUGUAUUAUUGUCAUCUGUGUAUACUAUGUCUCCACUACCAGACAGAUCUAGCUUUCUUAUUAAAGCACCUUACACGCCCAAUCCUACAGCCUAAUAAUAAUCUAUAUGAUGCAUCAGUAGAAACUUAGAUCAGAAUAUUUUAGUUCAAAAUAAAUAUUAUAUACAUACAUUUCUAUUUUUUUUUGUAUAGAUCAUUUAUGCAAUUUAAAACAGGGAUUCCCAAAUAGUCUUAGCUGGCACCUGCCUAAGAGUCUACCUGUAUCCUACACUUCAUGUACAGUCUCUGCUCCCCCCACCCCCACUACUUACUACUCCGCUAUCAUUCCUCUUGGUGGCCUGCAAUCCCUGUUUUAUAUUAUAAGUAGCGCUCUGAAAGUGAUCUUCUGGCAGCAAAUGUAAAUAAUUAAUGCAGAAUAUGUUAUUUAUUGUGUCUAAUCAAAUGUUUAGAAUGAUGAAUUUAACUAAUUUGCUUGUUUUAUAAAUAUAUAUAUAACUGGCCUUUGUAUAUUUCUGUGGUAUGUAAUGCUUUAAAUAAGAGUUUAUCCAAGGUGUGCCUCCUGCAGGUCCCAGGGUCCAUGCAUUUAUAGGGCAGAGCCUAUCCUAUUGCAUUCCCCUGACUGACUAUGAAAUAGUUACUAAUACCCCUUUUCCACCUGCGAGCAAGGGUCGCAGCCGGGAGCCUGACACGGGAGCUGCCCUGCUGCGACCCAUGCUCAGCCCCUUUCCCAUCAGCAGUCACCAACCCGGCAUAUUGGUUGGUGACGCUUCUAGUGAC